AAGGUCCUCUUAGAAUUGUUGAUCCUUAUGAUCUGUAUCACAUCUAUGGCCCUUCUUCUCCCCAUCCUCCUAUCCUUGUUCGCCUCCCCUUCCGCUGCAAACCCACUCUACUCUAUCUGCGCUUCAGGAAACUUCACCAGGAAUGGCACCUACAGCUCAAACCUCAACCACCUCAUGUCUACUCUCUCUUCUAACGCCUUCGCCACCGGCUUCGCCACCUCCACGACCGGCAUAGUCCCUGACUGUGUCUAUGGACUUGCCCUCUGCCGCGGCGACACCGACAUCGCCAACUGUCGCUCCUGCAUCUCUACGGCCAUUUCCGACAUCCAACAGCUCUGCUCAAACAACAUGGAAGCCACCAUAUGGUACGACUACUGCCAACUCCGCUACUCCAAUCAGGACUCCUCUACGGCCCCGACGUCAUUACUAGUGCCCAAAGCUUGUUAGUUAAUGGCCAGAAUGUCUCGGCAGACCGACUUCCGAGGUUUGAAAUCCUGAAAACCGAACUUAUGGGAAACCUGUCAGAUCUGGCCAUUAGAAACACAUCUCAGCUCUUUGCCACCGGCGAGGCAGCGUUCACGGCUGCAGAUAAUAUAUA